UCUUGUGGCGCCAAAACUGAUUUUGGCGCUAAGUUUUUAGCUCAAGUAUCAUGCAUUUUUCGGUUUUAGCUUAGUGUUCAGUGGGAUAACUGCGAAGGAGGCAAGAUUCAUACAGUGUCUUCAGAUUUUAUAAAACGUUUCAUCAGAAGUAUAUUAUAACUUAGUAAACCAAUUUUAUCUCAUCUUAAAUAUAUAUAAAAUGUUUGAAGCACGUCUUGUUCAAGGUUCUCUAUUGAAGAAAGUUUUAGAAGCUAUAAAAGACUUGAUCAACGAGGCAACAUGGGACUGCUCAGCCACGGGUAUCAGCUUGCAAGCGAUGGAUAAUUCUCAUGUCAGUCUUGUCUCUGUAAAUUUAAGAAGUGAUGGUUUCGACAAGUACCGAUGUGACAGAAACAUUUCUAUGGGUAUGAAUCUUGGAAGUAUGUCUAAAAUUCUAAAAUGUGCAGCUAAUGAUGACAUUAUUACUGUCAAAGCCCAGGAUGAAGCAGAUUCUGUAACCUUUGUCUUUGAAGCACCUAAUCAAGAAAAAGUAUCUGAUUAUGAAAUGAAGUUAAUGAACCUCGAUACAGAACACCUUGGAAUUCCUGAUACAGAGUAUAGUGUCGUCAUAAAGAUGCCUUCUGUUGAGUUUCAGCGAAUCUGUCGUGACCUCAGUCAGAUAGGAGAUUCUGUUAUAAUUUCAUGCACAAAGGAAGGGGUGCAAUUUUCAGCAAGUGGUGAUCUUGGCACUGGAAACAUUAAGCUGUCCCAGACAGCAAAUGUUGAUAAAGAAGAAGAAGCCGUGGUCAUCGAGAUGCAGGAGGCAGUCUCCUUGACAUUUGCUUUACGUUAUCUCAACUCUUUCACUAAGGCUACUCCUCUUGCUGCUCAGGUCCAGCUGUCAAUGUCUGCUGAUGUUCCACUCGCUGUGGAAUACAAGAUUGCCGACAUGGGUUACAUGAAGUAUUAUCUUGCACCAAAAAUUGAAGAUGGUGACGAGAGCUAAAAAUUCUGAAAUGCUGGAGUGGAGUUCUUAACCUCUUUUUUUCUCUCUCUGUUUCAAAAUUGUAUGUAAAUAAUUCAGUGCAACCAUUUUUGUU